UCAUCUCCGAAAUUCAAAGCUAUCCCUCAAACAAACCAAUCAAUUGGUCAAGGCUAGCCAAAAAAUAUGACGUUAAGUGCCAAGGGAAGCAACCCAUGAAUGGAGGUCAAGUUCUAAUGAACUACGCAAAAACUCAAGGAGUUAAUGUCAACACAUUCAAUCCAGCAAAAAGAGUCAGUGGGCGAGACUAUUUAAGAAGAGUGAGAAGAUCCAAAAUCAAAAUUGGAAAAAGUAGAAUUUUUAUUCCCUCAUCACGAUCCGCUAAAAAAAUCAAGAGCAUAAUUAAAAUGAAACUUAAGACACAAGAAAUCAACAUUGGAGAAAAAAUAGCACCAAAAUUGUCAAAAAUCAACAAAAUUGACACAAAUGGAAAAUUAACCACUACGGAAACACUUGUUUAUGGAAGAAAAAUUCCACUGACAACAAUAGUACAGGAGGAGAUUGAACGCUUCAGGGCAGCUGGCAUUUUGCAAAGCCAAAACCGACCGGCAUACACUUCAGCCCCAAAGGAAAAUGACAGUAGUGAUGAAGAGAACAGCUUUUACCUAAAACUCUGGCAUGACCACUCCGACAUUCUAAACAGUUCCUAUGUUAACUUCAUGGUGUCUUUUUUAUACAACACCAACAACUUCCUUACAGAUAAAGAAUACAAAGAAAAGUUCCCAGAAAAUCUCCCAAUGGAUGUACAAACCUUUGUGGAAAGACCCAAGCUUUACAUUUUUGGAAAAUCAGGAAGUUCGGACAAGGAACAGCUAUCAUACACAAAGACCAGACUGCAAGACCUCAUGUCCUUCAAAGAUACAGAUAUCAAAGUGAAGCUGCGAGUAUUUACAGGCGAUAACCCUGCUCGUCAGUUUGAGGGUGGGCAGCAAAGGGGAGGAAAUUUUAGUUGUCUUUGUGGAGUGAACGUGAAGGAACAUAGCAACCUCGUUCAUUGCUAUAGAAACCAAUUCCUGUCCUUAGAAGAGCGAAGGAGACUAAUCAUCAAAGGAGAUCUUUGGAAAAAGCUGGAAACGGGAGAAACUAAUCCAUUUCAGAAACUGAAAAAGGAUGAACUCAUCACUGAACUAGAACACCAUGAGAUUUGGGUGGACAAUGAGAAGAAAGCUGAACUCACGGACAAGCUAUCAACAAAACUUCAUGGAAUUUGCAGACCAGCUGCACUGAUGUGUGACGACCCAACGAAAAGUGCAAAUGACAUCAGCAUCCAAGAUUAUGAAGUACUCUUCUGUGAACCUUUGCAUGACAUAACCAAUGUGGUCCAGAAUAUCAUUGCAGAGCUUCCCUUUCAUGUCCCUAAAGAAAUUCAAAAAGAAUUUGAGCAGUUCUCAAACACUACCAUUGGAGAUAAAAACCAAAUCAAGGGAUCUGACGCACGUCUAUAUGCAAUAAAGCUAGCAAAAUUUAUCAGUACAAAAUAUGAAGAAAACAAAAUCCAUGAAGAUUUCCUAUUCCUUGUAAACAGCUUAGUUGAAAUCAUUCAAAUAUCAUAUUCCAAUUUCAAAAACAGAAACCCGAGACAGAUCCUGAGACUAUAUAACCAAUGUUUUAAAUUUGCAACACUAUCAAAACUCAUCUUUGGAAAACCAGCAAAACUAACAGCUCGAAAAUUUUUUGGAAGCCAUUAUCAUCGGAUAACUGUCCAUCUCCCGGAAACUUACAGAAUAUUUUGUUUGAAGUCAAUCAUACCGGAACAAGAAGAAAGAAGCUUUGGGGAUCUGCGGCGUCUUUCCCUACAAACAACCAACAGACACGCAGAAUAUGUGGUGGACAAUGCUGUUCUACGAUUUACAAUUCAACAACAAAUUAACUCAAAACCGGACACUCUAAAAAAACAAAACUCGAUGAUCAGCCAUCAAUCCAAGCUCCUCGAGAAACGUGGCAACACCAUUUUCUCAAAUGAAUUUGUUAAAAAAAAUCCAGUUCUGUUUCAAGCCCAUCUGGAAAGGAUCUCGGACUUCAUGUUGGCAGGAAAAGAUGUAUGGUGGUCAUGGGUAGAAGGCGGCAUUGAAUUCUAUGAUGGUGAGGAUGAGCCUUGCAGGAGACAGGAAGGUCCACGAAUUCACAACUUUACCUCCUUCAAUCUGCACAGAGAAACAUCCUUUUUGGCCUCUGUUUGGAAAACAUGUGUUGACAAAUUUGCAGAAGGUCUCCUCAAACUCCCCAUCAAGAGAAUCAAGGUCUACAAUGAAAAGGAAGCAAAAUUCAUAUAUCCACCAAAUGACACGACUGAUCCUUGCGCCAACAUGGUGACAGAACAGGACCCUUUUUGCAGACAAGGGGAGGACUCGGAGUCGUUGAGUCAGGUAACCUACAAUUUUAAUGUUAAAUUUAAAAAAAAGGUGAAGAAUGAUGCAGGAAAAUGUUUCCAGCAUUACCAGGACAAUGCUGUAGAGACACAUCCCAAUAAUGACAAUAAAGGCUAUGGGGCAGAGGCUUGCCCCCAUGAUGCUCAGGAAGAGGAUGGUCACAAAACAGCACUCAACUAA